AUGUUGCUGUCGGGCCGCAUUCGCUUGUUGUUGCCGCUUAUGCGCCAGAAAAUCCUCUAUUUCUUGGUGUUGCCCAUAUGGUUGUGCGUUCAUCAUCCGAUUCAAGAAGCGGGCGGCUCGAAAAGUGCCGUACGCGACCGCCGUCACCGAAACGACGCCGACGACCGUCACGACGUGAUGACGCCAACUGUACCACGGAAGCCCCAUCGGGUCGAAGAAGUAGAUGAGCUGAAACCGCGGAUGUCCUUGAACAACCUGCGAGCCAUCAACCAGCAGCGCAAAGACAUCGCCGAGCUCUAUCUGAGGGAGGGGAGGCCCGGCUACGAGCCCCCGGACGGUAUUUUCCCCGACCCGAAAGAAGUAAAGCAGAAGCUGAAAGAGGCGAGAAUGGAGAAGCUGCUCAAUCAGCCAAAACUGCGCUUCACGAUGGAGAAGCUGGGCGGAACGUACAUUUCGCAUACUGAAAUCAGCGAUCUCAUCCAGUACUUUACGAUUGGGCCGGCCGUUAAGAGGCCACGAUGGUGCCACAUAGCCCCGAAGCCCCAGCGCGUCACCCAGACCGUCCUGAUUCGCGUCGAUUGCCCCGGGGAGUUUGUGAAGGCCUCCUACGAGUUUCUCGAUAAAUUCUUUGAACGGCAGCAUAUCAAGGCGCACGAGGAGCUUUACGAUCGCGAAGAUUUCUUCAAUAAUCUACUACAUGUCCCCGUGUCAUUACAAGAACAGAUCAAGGAGAAAUUGGCGAAAAUGGACGCCGUCAACCUGGACCCAAGAGAAUUUUGCCUGAAAUCAGAGUUGGUCCUCUCUUCGACGGAAUUGAUCGAUUUCGAGUACCCAUUCCCAUCCGAUACGAUCAUCCCGACGAAAGAGCUCUACGCGCCGAUCACCAACCAAUCCCCGAUGUUCUCCCUCGAUUGUGAGAUGUGCAUCACGACGAGCAGAAUGCACGAGUUGACGCGGAUUUCCUUGAUACGCGAAGACGGGUCGGUCGUCUUCGACACGCUGGUCAAGCCCCCGCGCGAGAUUAUCGAUUAUCUGACGAAAUUCAGCGGCGUCACGCCGGAGAUGCUGGAGGGCGUUACCGUAACCUUGGAGGAUGUUCAGAAAGCGUUAUCGGCCGUUCUUCCUCCAGAUGCCAUCCUCGUCGGCCAUUCCUUGGAAUUUGAUCUGAAGGCGCUGCAAAUGAGCCAUCCUUACAUUCUCGACAUUGGGCGCCGCUUCAACCUGUCGGGCAGCACGAAGAUGCGCACAUCGCUGAAGAACCUCUCCGAUUUGUUUUGUGAUGAGAGUAUUCAGGACGGCAAGGGUCACUGUUCCGUGGAGGACAGCUGGGCGGCGAUGAAGCUGGCAAAGCUGAAGGUGGAAAAGGGAUUGGUCUUCGGGAGUUGCCUCUUUGGCUGGGACUACGAGGCGUACAUCAAAAAGCAUCGCCAGCAGAUUCGCGACGAAUUGGAGGCCGAAGAGGAGGAAGAGCGGGAAUCGCAGGCAAGUGGUGCGGAGCCGGCAAACAAGCGGAUAAAACUGAUGCCCAAGACGAGGGUGGCGCAUUGUGCGUGUGGGCAACGCCUGGGACUGGAUUGUAUCAUUGAGGGAUGUCAAUGCCAGGUGUCUCCUCCUUCUGAAUGUAUCCUCUGUCUGGCCAAGCACCCAGCGUCCACAUCUGAAGGGGCGACGUUCGAUUGGAAGAAAGCUGUACGAUCUGAAAGCGCGACGACGCUGCGCACAAUUGACGAAUAUCUGAAGGGCUCCAAGGGGAAGAAGCUGAUGUUUGGAAUGGAGGCCAUCAAGAAAGCAAAAGUGCCCGUGGGGGAAUUAAUUACACGACGACUUCCCUCCGAGUUUCCCGAUCAACAGGAUUACAUCGAGGAGGUAUGCAUGGACAUGCUGGAGUACGCGCUGUGCGUCGUCGAGCUGAAUUUUAAUGGGGACGUCGUGUUGCCCGAUGAUCCAAACGACGAAGAGCAGGAGGAAUUGGAAGACGGCCAGCUGCCCGAUACUUCCGCGAAGAUGAAGCGGGCCAUCAAUGCGCAGAUAGAACAACUGAUCCGGACGGCCGCCAAGUACUCGAUGAUUUUGGUGAUGUUGACGUCGCCGGACGAGACGAUUUGCUACAUACGCCUCAAAACA